AUGGCGACUAGGAUACCUCUUAUCAACCGUCAUAGCCAGCCCUCGGGUCUACCGGCCGCUGCUCCGGUCCACGAGUUCAUCUGCUUAUUCACCCAUGAUCUGAAGCGCAAGCAAAAGCGUUGGCAAGAUGGUCGCCUCAAGUUCCACACCUUUAACAAACGCAUCAUGGUCUAUGACGAGAGGGGGAACUUCAUCGGCGACAUGCACUGGAACGAGGACUUUGAAUUCGGCGAGGGCGAGGAGUUCAACCUGGAACGCGGCGCCGUCAUUGUACAGGUCGCUGAAUGCAUUGGCACCAAAGACCAGGAUCUUACUGAACUCCUCGACAAGAGAGCCCGAGACGUGGAGCAGCGUCAUUCUCACUUGUCUGCUGCCAGCUCACCCCUCUCUGCAACUCGUCAUUCACUGCUUCCCCAACAACAACAGCAGCAGCAGCAGCGGCGGCGGCGGCAACAACACCAAGCACAGCAACAACCGCAUGCCCACUUCAAGCAACGCCACUUGGCCGAUGUUUUCAACACCCCGCGUGAACCGCAAGGAAGAGCGGUGAUACCAACCACAUCUCCCUAUGAGGAUCGCAUGGCGGCCCAGGCUCCAAGCUCCCAGGACGGGGACAAGAGGCCAGCAAAGAGGAGGAAGAGGGACGUGUCGCCUCCGAGCAAGUCUGGCUAUGCUCAGAAUCUGUUCGGCACCACGUUGACUCUAUCAUCGUGGUCGGCUAGUGCACCCAUCCGCAGCCAGCCACUGAUCACGCCCAUCAAUGAAGGAAGUCGUUCUGCUCGCCCCAUCCGAGCAGCAAACAUUACCCAUGAACCGUUGCCUGCUGGCACGAUUAAUGCACAAACGCCUUCGAAGACCUCCAGCACCAGGGCAUUCCAAAAACAUCAGGCUGCUUCUGGUCAGCCCAGCGGAAUUCGCAAGAUCAAAGCUAUCGCAGUUGUGAAACCCUGCGAAGUGCCGCAAGCGAACCCAGUACUGCGGGCUGAUCAAUUGCCCCGCAGCCCCGACGAGUUUCCAAUAUCAACUGAGUAUCCACGAGAGAAGGGCACCCAAUCUCAAAAACCGGAUUGUUUCACUAUGGACGAGGUUUCUUUCUUGGCGUCGACAACGACAGGCGAUAUGGCGCCGUCCCUGCGCGAAACCCAGAAGCCCAAGAACAAAAAGGCCCAUCACAGCGACCUCUGCUCUGGCAAGAGCAGCACUGAUUCAAAAACAUCACACCGAUCCACCAAGGAUGCAGUCAGAGAAGGCGAGAGGACGAAGUGCGAUGUUGCAGAAGCGUGGCUUGUUGAUGGUGUCAAACAUGUCAAACAGAGCUACAUCAAGAAGCCCCGCCGACUUUAA